CUAGGUAAAGUUUAGGAGGAAUAUUCAUUGUUAUGUUGAUUUAAAAUCUAUAUUCGAAAUGAAAUUUGAUGAUAUUUUGUCUGAAAUUGGAGACUUUGGUACAUAUCAGAAAAGGAACUUUGUUUUGUUAACAGUAGCCUGGAUGCUAACACCAGCUGUUACGGUUUUCUCUGUGUUUAUUUUGGGAAUUCCUGACCACAGAUGCAGAAUUCCAGGAUUUGCAAAUGAUACGUACGAUGUACAAGGAACAUUACAUCAUAAUAUGAUUCAGAUGUACAUACCUAUAUCUAACGAAGACGACAAAAAGUACGACCAGUGUCAUGUUUACCAAAUUGACCAAUCAAAUACUGUGUAUGAUGAAAAUAACAGCCAUCCAAUCAAUGCCAGUUUAGUGAAAUGUUCGUCGUGGGUAUACAGUAACGAUGUGUUUGAUUACACGUUUGUUGUAAAAGAAAACUUGGUAUGUGACAACAAAUAUAAAGUGUCAGUUUCAAAGACGGUCUUGUUUGCAGGGACUCUUGUUGGAUCAUUCACUUUUGGACUAUUAUCAGAUUUAAUUGGUAGACGAAAAACCUUGUUGUUGGCUGUGUUGACACUGUUUGGUUCCUGUAUGGCUUUAGCAUGGUCUGUUAAUUAUACAAUGUUUAUAAUUGUAAGAUUUUUUACCGGCGUUGGCGUUGUUGGAAUGUAUAUUACAACGUUUGUUAUAGGCAUGGAGUGGACAGGACCUUCUAAGAGAACAUUUGUUGGCAUUUUCAUAGCAACAUUUACACCAGCAGGAGUUCUUCUUUAUAUUCUCGAGUCCUAUUUUAUAAGAACAUGGAACUGGAUUAUAAUUGCAACUUCGAUACCUACUGGUCUAUAUUUGAUUCUAUGGUGGUUUAUUCCCGAAUCUCCAAGAUGGCUGUGCAGUAAAGGAAAGAUGGCGGAGGCAAAAGCUUUACUUCAACAUGCUGCAGUGGUAAAUAAAACCAGCUUUGCAGACAAAAUGUUAGAUGAACUGACACCUGACAAUAAAGAAUCAGGACGAGUCUGGUUAUUAUUUUCAGACAAGACUCUAGCAUGUAGGACAGUAGUGAUAUUUUUUAACUGGAUGGUAGUGUCUAUGGUAUUUUACGGUUUGUCACUAAAUACUGGAAUCUUGUACGGGGAUUAUUAUAUCAAUUUUAUGCUGAGUGUACUCGUAGAAUAUCCAGGUCAAUUUUUACCAUUGCUGAUGAUAGGAAGAAUUGGUCGAAGAAGGAGUCAUUUUAUUUACAUGGGUAUUGGUGGGUUGGCUUGCCUCAGUACUAUAUUUACAGCAAACUAUGCAGGAAAAGAUCUUCAGCCAUUGACUACGACACUGGCCUUGCUUGGAAAAUUAUUUUCAACUGCAGGAUUUGCUACUAUCUACAUUAUCUCAGCAGAGGUGUUCCCUACCGUGAUCCGUAAUGCUGGCAUGGGUUCAAGUUCCGUUUGGGCACGUGUUGGUGGAAUGAUUUCCCCAUAUAUUGCAGAUACUGCAGAUUUAGUUGGUGGUACGACAGGCAAAGCUGUUCCGUUAGUUAUUUUUGGAGGUGCAUGUAUACUGGCUGCACUUUUAACACUCAUAUUACCUGAAACUUUAAAUAGACAACUUCCAGAGACAAUUGAAGACGGAAAGCACUUCUCAAGCAACGAAAAACAUAUUUACAACAUGACAAAUGAUAAACAGCAGAGAAUAAUACAUAUGAAUCAUAACAAGAAAGCAAUUCUGAAGAUCACAUCAGUAAUUAAUAUGAAAUUUGACGAUAUUUUAACACAAAUUGGGUCUUUUGGACCUUACCAAAAGAGAAACUAUGUUUUGUUAAUGAUUGGUUGGAUUUUAACAGGACCUUUCAUGGGACUUUCAGUGUUUAUCAAUGGAAUUCCUGAACACAGAUGUCAAAUUCCAGGUCUAGAGAAUGACACCUUUGAGAUCCAAGGAUCUGAACAUCAACGACUCAUCGAUGCAUAUAUUCCAUUGUCAACACAUGACAACAAACUUUAUGAACAGUGUAACGUAUAUCAGAUUGACCAAUCACAUACAGUAUUUGAUAAUGACAGCCAUCCAAUCAAUGCUACACAAUCCAAAUGUAGUGCAUGGGUUUACAGUAAAAAGCUGUUUGAUAACACAUUUGUUACGAAAGAAAAUUUAGUAUGUGAUGAUAAGUACAAAGUUUCCUUGUCAAAGACAAUAUUCUUCGGUGGUGUUCUGUUGGGAUCUUUUAUGUUCGGCGUGAUUUCCGAUACUAUAGGAAGAAAGAAAGCCUUACUGAUGGCAUCGAUUCUCAUGUUUGCAUCCGGAAUGUCUCUAUCCUUUUCUGUAAACUAUACGAUGUUUGUCAUUCUUCGCUUUUGUACUGGUUUUUGUACUGUGGGGAUGUUUAUGACAGUGUAUGUAAUUGGAAUGGAAUGGGUUGGACCAUCAAGAAGAACAUUUGUUGGCCUAGUGAUAGCAUUAAUUGGGCCAGUUGGAAGUCUAUUUUAUAUCUUGAUAUCGUACUACGUCAGACAGUGGAACUGGAUAAUUAUUGCUUUAACAAUACCUAUUGGUCUUUUCCUUGCUAUCUGGUGGUUCGUACCAGAAUCACCCAGAUGGUUGAGUGGAAAAGGCAGAAAAAAGGAGGCAGCCGCUCUACUUAAACAUGCUGCUUACAUCAACAAAACAGAAUUCUCAGAAAAAGUUAUGGAAGAAUUAGCACCAGAAAAGAAAGAAGCGGGAAAAGUGUGGCUAUUGUUUUCAGACAGAACUUUGGGUUGUCGUACUGUUGUGAUAUUUUAUAAUUGGAUGGUAGCCAGUAUGGUGUUUUAUGGUUUGUCACUGAACACAGGAAUGUUGUAUGGAGAUUACUACAUUAAUUUUCUCCUUAGUGUUCUUAUGGAGUUCCCAGGACAUGCUUUACCUAUUUUUAUGAUCGACAGAAUAGGACGGAAAAAGAGUCACAUCAUUUACAUGACUAUUGGAGGGUUAUCCUGUCUGAGCACAAUAUUCACUGUUAAUUAUGGCGGGAAAGAUCUGCAACCAUUGACAACAGCAUUAGCUAUGAUAGGCAAGCUGUUUUCAACUGCUGCUUUUGCAACAAUAUACGUCAUAUCUGCUGAAGUAUUUCCAACAGCCAUACGUAACGCAGGGAUGGGAUCAAGCUCGUGCUGGGCACGUGUGGGUGGAAUGAUUUCGCCCUUCAUAGCCGAUACUGCUGAUUUAGUAGGGGGCACUACUGGAACGGCCGUACCAUUGGUUAUAUUUGGAGGGGCCUGUUUAAUUGCUGCAGUAUUGACGUUACUUCUUCCGGAAACACUGAAUCAACAUCUGCCUGAAAGUAUAGAAGAUGGAAAGAAUUUUGGAAAAAAAUCUAAUAAGAAGAUUCCGGAGGAAUUUACAGUUAAGAAUGGCACUACCUCAAUGACAAAGUUUUAACCAGUAUAUGCCUGAAAUUAGAUAGUAGUGAAAUGUACAGAUUGUAGGAUACAAUUGAACUAAUUUAU